CUUCGCUGCGUUUCCAACACUGCUGGUCUAAGCCGGUGUUACUUCAUUGAUUAACGAUAAUUUAUUAAAUAAUUUAAAACGGCUCCAUGAUUGGCCUACAACUCUUCAUAAUCCCACUAAGUCUGCUGGGCUUGCUUCAUGUUGGGAUGUCCGAGAAGCUCCCUAAUAUUGUGCUCAUCCUCACCGACGACCAGGAUGUGGAGCUCUACGGGAUGCAUCCGAUGGUAAAAACCAUAACAAAGAUCGGUAAAGAAGGUGCAGCUUUCUAUCAUGCCUACACACCCACGCCCAUUUGCUGUCCAGCCCGGGCCAGCCUCCUUACCGGAAUGUACGCCCAUAAUCACGGAACUCACAACAAUUCCGUCAGUGGAGGCUGCUAUGGCUCGCGCUGGCGUACUUUAAUGGAGCCGAGAUCACUGCCAAAACACCUUAAGCGCCAGGGCUAUACAACCUUCUUCGCUGGAAAGUACUUGAAUCAAUAUUCCGCCUCGCUGACGCCCGGGGGCUGGGACCAUUUCUAUGGCCUGCAGGGAAACUCUCGCUACUACAACUAUACACUGCGCGAAAAUACGUACAAUGUUCACUACGAUAAGAUCUACCUAACCGAUUUGUUACGCGAUCUGGCCGUUGAUUUCCUAAAACUCGCUACACAGUCUGAGAAUAAGUCUGACGAGAGUGAUGAGGAUGUGAGACCGUUCUUUGCUAUGAUUGCUCCACCGGCGGCUCAUGCUCCCUUUACACCAGCUCCGCGUCACAACGGGACGUUCGACAAGAUUAAGGCUUUACGAACACCCAGCUUUAACAAGCCAGUGGAUGAUAAACACUGGCUGGUGCGAUCCUCCCGGCCCCUGCACAACAAGACCAUCGACACCAUCGACACCUACUAUCGCAAGCGUUGGGAAACGCUCUUGGCUGUUGAUGAACUGGUGGAUGAGGUGGUGAACACUCUAAACCAGACCGGCGUCUUGGACAACACGUACGUGAUCUUCUCAUCCGAUAAUGGCUACCAUGUGGGGCAGUUUGCACAGCCAUACGAUAAGCGUCAGCCUUAUGAAACGGAUAUUCACAUACCGUUGCUAAUUCGGGGACCUGGAAUCACUCCCGACAGUCGCAUUGAUAGCGCCGUCAGUCUAGUGGACUUGGCUCCCACCAUUCUGUCCUGGGCCAAUGUUUCUAUUCCAUCCUAUAUGGAUGGCCACUCCUUCCACGAGAUGCUCAUGGAAAGCCCUAAGCCGCUGGUGGAGCGCUCCAUGCUUAUCGAAUACUGGGGCGAGGGUAACCUCAAUACCUACAACGCCAAGUGCCCUGGAUCUAAUAAAGAUCGCUUGGCAGAGUGCACCCCCGAUGCGGAAUGCCAUUGCCAGGAUUCGUGGAACAAUACAUACGCUUGUGUCCGGGAAGUUCGCUACAAAUUGAAUCGCAUUUAUUGCGAGUUUCACGAUAACGAGCACUUCCAAGAGGCCUAUGAUCUCGACCAGGACAGUUACCAAAUGACUAACAGUGUCUAUGAUUUGCUGCCAAUCGAUAGAGCCCUGCUGGGAUUGAGGCUCAAGAAUCUGACUCACUGUUCUGGUAGGGAGUGCUUUGUUUGAAGCUCGCGUGCCAUCGAAACCGGA